CAGGACACCGGGGGGUCCCAGGGCAGGACGCGGGUGAGGUGGUGGCCGCCCGGGUGGGGUGGGAAGCGGAAGGGCCCGUUUCCUUCUCCGUGGAUCCCCCCCCGGUGACUCGUCAAGGCCGGAGGAGGGACCGUGGCGGGGGGGGGGGCAGCAAAUCAGGGACCCGCGAGUGUCCCCCCCCAACUCCGCUGCGUGGGGUGCCCUCGGCCUCGUGACGCGCGGCCCUCAAUGCCCGCCUUGUCCCCGCGCCGCCCGCGUGAUGCCGUCUCCGCUGGUGUCGAUGCCCCGUAACCCUAACGGGGGCCGGGCGUGUCCCUCCCCCCCCACCCCACCAGGCCGUGCGUUCCCCCCCCCCCUCCCCGGCGCCAUGGCCCCCCACCGGCUGCUGGCCCUCGCCUCGCUGCUGGCCCUCGCCGCCGCUGCCGCCACCCCGGGGUCCUCGUGGAGCGCCGUGCCCCGAAAAACCGUCCCCUACGCGGAGCUGAAGGACGUGGCCAAGCGCUUCUCGCAGGGGGGGGUCUCGCACUACCUGACGCUGACGCUGGACGAGGCCGAGGCGCUGCUCUACGUGGGCGCCCGCGAGGCCGUCUUCGCCCUGGCCACCGGCACCGUGGAGCUCAAGGCGGCGAUCUCCUGGCAAGCCCCCGCGGACAAGAAAGCCGAGUGCAUCCAGAAGGGCAAGAAUAACCAGACCGAUUGCUUCAACUACGUGCGCUUCCUGCAGAGCUACAACAGCUCUCACCUCUACGCCUGCGGCACCUACGCCUUCCAGCCCAAGUGCACCUACAUCGAACUGUCCGGCUUCACCCUGGACCAAGUGACUUUUGAGGACGGCAAGGGGAAGUGUCCGUACGACCCCACCAAGGGACACACCGGCCUCAUCGUGGAUGGGGAGCUGUACUCGGCCACAUUCAACAACUUUCUGGGCACGGAGCCCGUCAUCCUCCGCAACCUGGGCCCCCACUACUCCAUGAAGACGGAGUAUCUCACCUCCUGGCUGAACGAGCCCCACUUCGUGGCUUCGGCUUACGUGCAGGAGAGCGCGGCCAGCAGCACCGGGGAUGACACAAGGUACGACAAGGUUUACUUCUUCUUCAGCGAGCGGGCGGUGGAGUACGACUGCUACGCGGAGCAGGUGGUGGCCCGCGUGGCGCGGGUCUGCAAGGGGGACGUCGGCGGUGCCCGCACGCUGCAGAAGAAGUGGACGACCUUCCUGAAGGCUCGCUUGGUGUGCUCGGCGCCCGAGCAGCAGCUCCACUUCAACCGCCUCCAGGCUGUCUUCACCCUGCCGGGGGCCGAUUGGCAGGACACCACCUUUUUCGUCUUCCAGGCCCGCUGGGGGGACGUGGAUGUCUCGGCUAUUUGCCAGUACCACAUCCUGGAGGUGAAGAAGGCGUUCGAGGGGCCCUACAAGGAAUACCGGGAGCAGGCGCAGAAGUGGGGCCGGUACUCGGAUGAGGUGCCGAGCCCCCGUCCCGGCGCGUGCAUCACCGACUGGCACCGCCGGAACGGCUUCGCCAGCUCCCUCGAGCUGCCUGACAACACCCUCAACUUCGCCAAGAAGCACCCGCUGAUGGAUGAGCCCAUCCUGCCCCACCGUGGGCGCCCGCUUCUCCUCAAGAAAGACGCCAACUUCACCCAGCUGGUGGUAGACCGAGUGCCCGGGCUGGACGGCACCGUCUACGAGGUGCUCUUCAUCGGCACAGGUGACGGCUGGGUGCACAAGGCGCUGAACCUGGGCACUCGCGUCCAUCUGGUCGAGGAGCUGCAGGUUUUCGAGCCGGCGCAGCCCGUGGAGAGCCUGGUCCUGGCCGGUCAGAAGAAGCUGCUCUUCGCCGGCUCCCGUUUCCAGGUGGCCCAGUUGCCCCUGGCCGACUGCGGCCGCUACCAGUCGUGCACGGACUGCGUCCUCGCCCGGGAUCCCUACUGCGCCUGGAGCCGCAACGCCAGCCUCUGCGUCCACACCGACGGCCUCAACGGGUCCCAGCUGGUCCAGGACGUGCUGAGCUCUGACACCCGUGCCUGUACCCUGCCGCAGGUGGCCAAGCAAGGGCCCAUCACCCCCAAAAACGUGACGGUGGUGGCGGGCACCGACCUGGUGCUGACGUGCCGUUUGGGCUCCAACCUGGCGCAGGCGCUGUGGACCUUCGAGGGCCGGGCGCUGGCGGCCGAGCAGGCGCUGGUGCUGCACGACGCCCGCCUGCGGGCUCUGGUGGUGCCGGGAGCCGGAGCGCAGCACAGUGGCACAUACCGUUGCUUUUCGGAGGAACAGGGCGCCCGUUUGGGCGGCGAGGUGUACCAGGUGGCGGUGCUGGCCGGCCCCGGGGUGCCGCUGGAGACGCGGGCGCCGCUGGAGAGCCUGGGGCUGGUGUGGGUGGUGGCGGUGUGCCUGGGCGCCCUGUGCCUGGUGCUGGUGCUGGUGGUGCUCUCGCUUUGGCGGCGGUUGCGGGAGGAGCUGGGCAAAGGCGCCAAAGCCAUCGAGAGCACCCUGGUGUACCCCAUCGAGCUGCCCAAGGAGCCCCCCAGUCCCCGCUUCGUGCCCAGCGCCGCCUCCGACUCGGACGAGAAGCUCUGGGACCCGGCCAGCUACUACUACUCGGACGGCUCGCUCAAAAUCGUGCCGGGUCACGCCACCUGCCGCAACGGCGGCCCCCCCGGCGCCGCCUCGCCGCCCAACGCCAUUCCCGGGCAGCCCCUCCACUCGCCCACCCGCAUCCACCUGGGUCCCCUGCGUGGUUCCUCCUCCAACGGCUACAUUCGCCUGGCGCUGGGUGCCGAAGAGCGGCCGCCCUGCGCCGAUUUGGCCGAGGAGCUGCGGCGCAAGCUGCAGCAGCGCCAGCCCCUGCCCGACUCCAACCCCGAAGAGUCGUCGGUCUGAGCCGCCGGUGGGGCGGCUUCCCCGCCGCCGAGCAGCCGUACCUACCUCAGGACCCGGCCCGGCACCCGCCGCGGGGACCCCGGUGCCGGCACCCGCCGCGGGGGCCACCGCCUCGGCGCCAGCACCCGGCUCGGGGC